GUGAAUGUUUACGAACAGAAAACAUUUUGUUAGAGAGACCAAAAUAGCCGUCACACAUUUGUGUGUUUAAAUCAGUUCAAGUCUAACGUUCUAAAUAAACGAACGACGUUUGGCUGGUAAAAUUUAUUUCGCUUGAAAUUUGAUGAAAAUAAUUGUGUUGUCGGUGUAGCAGUAGCAUACAUAGUUUAACAUGUCAACCCAAAGUCUUGGUUUGGCUUUGUUGAGCCUGAUGUUAAUAGCAUCGCAAGCGUUUGCCUUAAAAUGCUGGAGCUGUCACUCAGAUUGGCCAGAUUCAGAGUUUUGUCAAGAAAAACUGGAUAUGUCGUUACUAACAUCACAGCAAAGACACAUGAUUGUUAAGGAAUGUACUCCACCAAAAGAAUCAGUAAUUGUUUACGGCAUAUUUUACGCUGAAAAAAUGGUGUCAAGGUGUAGGAUACAAACUGUGAGUGUCAAUGGGGAAAAAGUGCACUCCCGUGGUUGUGUGGUUGAAGCUGAAAAUGCAAGCCGUAAUGACUGUGUCGGACGAAAUGUUUUGCCGGGAAUGAAAGUCUUAGCUUGUGAAACCUGUCAAGAAGAUGUUUGUAACGAAUCGUUCAGUCCGCCUUCAGUCAGUGCAGGCAUUAAGACAACACUUUCAAUGCAGCUCGUUUCAUUUCUUUUCGUUAUUGUAUGUUUGUUGUUCUGAUACAAGUGUAAGUGAUUAAAAUACUGGAAAAAUGGUUAUUUAUGACAUUGAGCGCAAAGUACUUUGUUAGGCUCUUAUAAGGCCUAAUAAAGUAUUUUGCACCGAGAUUCAUACACCGAUCCAACAGAUGGCAUUGCAGUUUACAAAUUUUGCACAUUAUGAUGCUGAGUUGCAUAAAGUAACCGAAUAACAUUAAAAUUUUGUCAGCAAUAUAAAUACAGUGUGAUACACUUAAGUGACAGUGUGAUAACUAGUCAGUUGUUAACUUACGAAAUUACUUUGAAUAAUAUCCGAAUUAAGACAAGUUCAUAAAAGCUGGAAAUUGAAUAAAACUUUAAUUAAUAAAUAAAUUUAAAAAUUGCUUUUCACUAAAUGAAGUGCCGCAACUCAAACUAAUUGGACUCAUAGAGUUAGUACAUCUGUCGUUCCAUUUUACCUUAUAUUUUACAGACACCUGUAUCGUCUGUUAUCCACAGUAACGAGAUAAAUAAACUCCGACUAAGAUGAUUUU